AUGAUUGAUACGUUUAGCAAGUAUUUGCUAGAUGUGAAUGCCACUACCAUUUUCUCUACAAAACUAGAUUUGUAUAAAUCGCCGACAGAUGGCGACACUACUGGUGAAAUCCCGUUUGUUUUUCACGCGAGAGAAGAGUUUGUGUUUAAGGGCUGGAAAGAGAUGGCGUCACUAGUGUUACCAAAUUUUGUACUUAAAAUUGGUUUGGCGGAUAGGAAAGCGCUUAAAUUUUUUCAAAACGUCAUCCGCCACCUUUUGAAGGAUAGACGCGAUAAUCCGGGUAAAAAAUAUAAAGAUUUUGUUCAGAUGCUUAUGGAUGCUGAGGUAACCGGUAGAAAGCCUGGCGAUGGUAGUGCCACAACUCAGGAUGAUAUGGAUAAUAGUGAAAUGCAUCAUGCUAAUCAAGGCGAGAAGUCGUUAGCCGUCGAGCGAAAAGUGAUGGACAUUAAGAUUAGGGACAAACGGCUGACGGAGGACGAGGUCGUCGCUCAGGGAUACCUAUUCAUGAGGGGCGGGAUUGUGGCGACCACAUCGACACUAGCGUUUACGGCAUACGAGCUCUCUUUAAACCCUGACUGUCAGCGCCGCCUACGCCACGAGAUUUCAGGCGCUAUCAGUGCCACCACCGGUGAGAUAGCGUACGAUGUGUUGGCACGACUACCCUAUUUGGAUGCCGUCGUGUCGGAGACCCUGCGCAUACACGUCACACCCGCUUCAAUAUUUAGGUACCCGUCCGUUGACUAUAGGUUAGGCGAUACGGGUAUUACUUUGAAGGCCGGGCAACAGAUAGAGAUUCCCGGCUACGCCAUACACCUGUCCGAUGAGAAUUAUCCCGAUGCUUUU